AAUGAAAAUGAUUAUUAGGAUUUCAUUUAAAAUGACCAGAAUGUGUCCUUCUCUCAGCCUGAUCUAUAGGUAUGAUGCUCUUGAGGUAAAGAAUCUUCCUAAAUGAAAUGAGAAGAUUAUGAUCUGGCUGUAUUUUAUAUAUUUUUUCAAAUAUAAAGCUUUACUGUCAAGCUUGCUGCAGCAACAGGAAAAGUUGCCACCACAAACAGGAAGUCCCUCACAGGCCAGACCAUUUCCUUUCGUAGAAGCACCCGCCCCCCCGUCCACAUCAGAGGCUGAGUCAAUAGAGGAACACGGCCACUAAAUGAGAAACAGCUUGUGUGUUGCAGGAGGAAGAAGAGCAUCAACUGGAGACAGUAAGAGGAAGUGAAGGAGGGACAUGAAGACGGUGAUGACUGACCUGAUGAUUCCUACACACUCGUUCACUCACUCUCUCACUUUCACGAUGAUAAAAAUCUAUGUUUACUUUUGUCUUCUUUCUGGUCUGAGUGUUGUGCAGAUGAAGCCUCUGAACAUAAAUCGUCGUGUUGGUGAAAGUGUGACAAUCAGCUGCUCAGACCGGAACGUUUGGGCUGAUGUAACAGAGAAUGUCAAGUACUUUUGUUACAGUCCAUGCACGGAGGACCGACACAUCAUCAUUAAAGCAGCAUAUGGAAAAAUUGAAAAUAAAAACAGAAUAGAGUUACAUAACGAAGGAAAAACCUUGUUCGUGACCUUCAGCAAUCUCCAAAAGUCAGACUCCAAUAUAUACUAUUGUGGACUGGAGAGAUUUGGCCCUGACUCAUAUAUAAAGGUGAAUCUAAAAGUCACUGAUGCUCCGCCCCCCAGUCCCAGCAUGACUCCACAAACUGUCAUUGUUGUUCCCACCUCCUCAUUUACAAAGAGCUCCACGAUGUUUUCUAACAGCUCAGAUGUUAUUAUUGAUACGUCUACGUCAUACACCACCCUCAAUACACCACCUGAUGCACCAGCACAAGGAUCAGUUAGCUAUGUUCUAUAUUUGGUUAUAGGUGUUAUUGUCGUAAUAAUCAUACUGAUCGUCUCACUCAAGUUUAUGAACAAGAUGAUGAAACAACAAUCGAAAGUUGUGUCAGGUGCUGUUUCAGCAAACAGAGAAACACAACAGGACGCUGGAUACGAAGAAAUAAGACUUGAAGACCAAACCGACCCAGAUACUCUCUAUUCUAAUUAUUCCUACAGCCGAGUCAUUGAUUUACCAGUUGAGAGGCGUAAUGGAUAUUCAGACGCUCUUUAUUUAAAUCAAGCUGCCAUCUUCAUGGACAAUUCAAGGGGGGCGUGUAGAAAGAGCGCGGGCACAUUUGACUCUGUGCACUCUGUUGUUCAACAUCCCAAAGAGCAAAUGAAUCCCUCUGUGCAAUGUGAAAGAAAUCAACCUGAGAGCAAUGAAGAGGACUUUAUCUACUCCCUGGCUCAGCAACCACGGACAACCUGAGGGAGGCUACUGUGCUCAAAAUGCAUAAAUUAGCUUUCUAGAUCCUUUGUUUGAUUUUUGUAGAGAUAUGAAGUAACUAUAGGACAGGGAACAAUGCAUCACAUUAGAAGGAUAUCCAGACACAAUGUCACUUCAUUAGUCAAAUCAGGAAUCAGGAAACAUUUAUUGCCAAAAUAUGUCAAACAUACAAGGAAUUUGUCUUGGCGGUUGGUGCGUGACAGUAGACAGUGUAAC